CGGAGGAGGAGGAGGGAUGAACCUCGUCACUACGCCCCUAAGGCUGAAUUGAGAAGAGGAGGAGCUUAUAGUUUGAGCCAAGUUUCACAUUCAAAAACCGGCAAGUGCAGGGAGAGAGGAACAGCAGAAAAAGGCAGUGUGGGGAAGAGGAGGAAGCAAGGAGAAAGGGCAGCUGUCAGGGCAAGAAAGUGAGAGAGAGGAGAAGAUAAAAGGCAAAAGGAGGCAUCAACAGUCUUGGGUCAAAGGAAGGAAGAUCAAGGAGUAGACAGGCUACAAAAUGGCAUUGCUCCUGUGGCUGGGGUCCCAGCUGUCAUCCAUCUGGAGCAACAUCUCUAUACUGGCAGUUUUUCUUACAGUGUUUACUUUACUACUUGACUUUAUGAAGCGCAGAAGGAAGUGGAGCCACUACCCGCCUGGCCCUGCCUCGCUGCCAUUCGUCGGGACCAUGUUCUCCAUCGACUUCCACCGUCCCCACCACUCCUUCAACCAGCUUCAGAAGAGGUUUGGAAACAUCUUCAGUCUCCAGAACUGCUGGACCAAUCUGGUAGUGCUUAAUGGGUACAAAACAGUGAAGGAAGCUCUGGUCCACAAAUCGGAGGACUUUGCUGACCGACCGGACUUUCCAAUAUAUGAACAUAUGGGCUAUGGGAAGAAUUCUGAAGGGCUUAUUAUAGCAAGAUAUGGGCACGCCUGGAAGGAGCUAAGGAGAUUCACACUCUCUACACUGAGGAAUUUUGGGAUGGGAAAGAAAUCCCUGGAGGAGCGAGUGGUAGAGGAAGCUGGAUUUCUUUGUUCUGCAAUCAAGUCUCAAGAAGGUAAACCUUUUGAUACACAUGUUCUUUUAAAUAAUGCUGUCUGCAACAUAAUCUGCAGCAUUGUCUUUGGAGACCGUUUUGACUACGGUGAUGAGACAUUCAAGAAGCUGUCACAGUUAUUUCAAAAUUCCUUUAAUGAAGAAACUGGAUUCCUGCCUCAGCUUCUUAACGUGGUUCCCAUUUUGGUGCGCGUCCCUGGAGUGCCGCAGAAAGUCUUUCGAGCACAAAAGGAGUUAGUUGACUUCAUAGAUGGGGUCUUAGAUAAGCAUGUGAAGAGCUGGGACCCUGCGUACACCCGAGAUCUCACAGAUGUGUUUUUAAAGGAAAUGGAGAAGGGUAAGGCAGCUGAAGAGAAUGGUUUCCACUAUAGCAACCUUCGUCUGGUGGCCACAGACUUGUUUGUAGCUGGUUCUGAGACCACCUCCACCACUCUCCGGUGGGCAUUGCUGUAUAUGCUUCUCCACCCAGAAAUACAAAGUAAGGUCCAGGCAGAGAUUGAUAAAGUGAUUGGCAGAGAGAGACCCCCCACCAUGAAGGACCAAGCAAGCUUGCCUUACACUAAUGCUGUGAUCCAUGAAGUGCAACGCUACGGGGAUAUCCUUCCUAUUGGGCUACCUCACUUGACGUACCGGGAUACUGAGUUGCAAGGCUUCUUUAUUCCCAAGGGGACAACAAUCAUCACCAACUUAUCUUCUGUGCUGAAGGAUAAGACAGUCUGGGAGAAACCAAACCAGUUUUACCCUGAACACUUCCUGGAUGCAAAAGGGCAAUUUGUGAAACCAGAGGCCUUCCUGCCCUUCUCAGCCGGUCGCCGUGCCUGUCUGGGAGAACAGCUGGCCAGGAUGGAGCUCUUUCUCUUCUUUACCACUCUUCUGCAGAAAUUCACUUUCGUGCUGCCUGAGGACCAGCCCAGGCCACGGGAGGAUAGUCACUUCGCACUCACAAACUCCCCACACCCAUACCUAUUGCGAGCUCUCCCAAGAUAAGUGCAUACCACCGCCCACCCAAACUCUGUCAGAAACAUUGCAGGUCUAGGCAAGAUCAUGCCAGGUUCGAUCUCAAAUCUGUGCAGAGGGCUACAUCUGUGUAAAAUAAGGAUCUAGGCAAAUAUCUUGUUUAGCUUAAUUCUAGUUGUGAUUUUUGAAUCAGAUAAGAGAGCUUCAGCUUCAACAACAAGGUGACGUUAAAAUGUAGUUUAAGAGUAGUGCUUUUGGAAAAUCUUACUAUCCAAGAUGUACAUGCCCUCUUCAUUCCUUCCUGUUUAUUGCAGUCUCCUGUAUGUUGAACAAGUAUUGUAUUGUCUUAAUUUAUAGCCUCAAAGAAAGUAAGUUUUAAUCCUGACAACUCUUAUGUCACAUUAUGCCUCCAGUAGGAGUAAGUACCAAGAAGUACAUGAAUAAUCCAUAUGGUGUUUCAGCCACAGAAGGUAGUUUGUGAAAUACAGAAAUUUAGAUAAAUAUAUUUAAAGAGAAAUCCUUGUGUUUAGGUUUACUAUUGCCUCUAAUUAAAACUUGGUGGGGUUUUUUUUGGCAUUACAUAAAGUCAGCUCUUGGGCAAGUUUGGAGGAACUCACAAAGCGGUGGAGUUAAACUGAAACUCUGUGGCCAUAGAUUUCAGAGUUACAUUUAUCUUUCUUCCUGCAAUAUUACUGACAAAUUGCUUUGCAAAAUGUAAAAAUAUGUUGAUGCUUAAAUUAGCAGUAGCUCCCCUACCACAUCUAAAAAGACAACAGCACAAAAGAUCUCCUAUGUACAACUGUGUACAGUAGUAAUUUUGUGUAAUAGUAAUUUUGGAAGCUGUGAAAGCUAUUGAAUUAUACAAAUAAAUAUUAACAUAAUUAAGAUUUGAAUUUCAGCAGGAACAGCUCAUUUAUGCUUUUCAUCUACAAAGUAAGUUGAAAGAAUAAAAGUAAUGUGAAAUCUGCCUUCUUCCCCCUCCUCUUUGUGUUUGCCUCAGUUCUGCUGUGCUCCUGCCUCAGAUACUCACUUGAGAUUUCUCUCCUCACACCCAACACCAUAUCUGCGUCUUUCAAGAUCAUUUCCGUGUUACUUUUCUGAUCUGUUCAAUGACACUGAACUGAAUGUGAUCGGAUUUAUAGUGGCCAGCACAUACCCAAGUGUGUUUAAAGAGAAAUUAACUUUAGAGGGCGUCCCGGCAC